CAAACAACCGUAGGAGGAACAUGCUCCACCAGGAUGUUCCACUGCAGGAUGGCCCCAACAGCAAGUCAAUCAAACGGCUCUUCGCCAAUAUUCCGAAAUAACUGUUCCGUAAAGCCAGGUGAAGACAUCUACAUCACCGGCAUUUCGGGGUAUUUCCCCGAUUCAAAUUCGGUAAAACACCUAGAAGAAAACCUGUUCAAUAAGGUGGACUUAGUAAGCGACGAUGAUCGGCGUUGGAAGAAAUCUCACCCAGAGAUUCCUCAGCGAACUGGAAAAAUUAACAACAUCGACAAGUUUGAUGCGUCGUUCUUUGGAAUUAAUUACAAACAAGCUCACUCUAUGGAUCCCAGUGCCAGAAUCUUCCUUGAGAAAACUUAUGAGUGCAUUAUCGAUGCCGGUGUCAACCCUAGUGAGCUACGGAACACUAGGACUGGUGUCUUCCUUGGAGUUUGUUUGUCAGAGUCCGAAAAAACUUGGUUUUAUGAAAAAAUGGAGAGCAACGAACAUGGAAUUACUGGGUGCGCCCGUUCUAUGAUGGCCGCUCGUAUAUCAAAUUGGCUGGGGAUCAAAGGACCAUGUUACUCGGUGGAUACUGCUUGCUCUAGCUCUAUCUUUGCAUUAGAAAACGCAGUGGCUUCAAUACGUAAUGGAGACUGCGAUGCGGCAAUCGUUGGUGGCGCGAACCUUGUGUUACAUCCAUGUACAUCGCUGCAGUUUGCCAGAUUGGGGGUAUUAUCACCAAAUGGCGCCUGUAGGAGCUUCGACAACAGAGCGAACGGGUAUGCUCGAUCUGAAGCUAUCGUGACUUGUUUUCUUCAAAAAGCCAAGGAUUCCAGAAGGGUAUACGCUCACUUAGUUCAUGCGAAAACAAACUGUGAUGGAUAUAAAAUGCAGGGCAUCACAUAUCCAGCAGGUCAGGUGCAGAAAAUGUUGCUCACAGAAUUUUACGACGAGUGUCAAAUCCCGCCUUCAAGUCUGGAGUACGUGGAAGCUCAUGGCACAGGUACCAAAGUUGGGGACCCAGAAGAGCUUAAUGCCAUUGAUGACGUAUUCUGUAUGGAAAGAUCAAGUCCCCUCUACAUUGGAUCAAUUAAGUCUAAUUUGGGUCAUACUGAGGCCAGUUCAGGACUCUGCUCCCUUGCAAAGCUUUGCAUAGCUUAUUCUUCCGGGUAUAUUCCACCAAACAUUCAUUUCAAAGAAGCUCGAGAGGGUAUCCCUGCUUUGACUGAAGGCCGAGUCCGAGUAGUUACUGAAAAGACUCCUUGGAACCGAGGCAUGUCAGGAAUCAGCAGUUUUGGCUUUGGAGGAGCCAAUGGACACGUGCUUUUAGAAAAUGUCGCUAAAAAUAAGGUUAACAAUGGACAACCAAGAGAUGAUCUACCCAGGCUUGUAUGUAUAUCUGGUCGCACAAAAUCCGCAGUGGAAAAGAUAUUUGAGGACUUAGAAUCCAGACCCAUAGAUGUCGAUCAAGUUCGGUUGUGGCAUGCUAUCCAUGAGCGCGAUAUAAACGGCCAUGAUUUUAAAGGAUAUAUCGUAUUAGGUUCCAAACCAGACAGGAGUGUAAGGCUGGCUCGUGAUAUACAGCAUGUGUCUAGCUCAAAGCAUCCGGUGUGGAUUGCUUACUCUGACCUAGGAUCAAACUGGGCUGAAGUAGCUCAUGAACUUAUGGCUAUAUCUGCGUUUGCAUCUUCUAUUCAAAAGUGUCAUAAAGCGUUAGAACCCAAAGGUUUCAACUUAAUCAAAUUAAUUAAUGAUGUUAGUUCUGGAAAAUAUGCCAGUGGUCAAUAUUAUAUGGUUGGAACUCUGGCGGUUCAUAUUGGUCUAACAGAUGUUUUGGAAACUGUUGGAGUUAGACCAGAUUACAUUAUCGGACGUGAAAUUUGUCAAUUAGGCUGCGCGUACGCUGAUGGAUGUUUAACUGUUGAGCAGGCUAUGUUGGCAGCAUACAGUGUAGCAAUGGCAUCGAAAUAUGUAUGCAAUGAAAGUUCUAUAGAAGAAACCGUGACUAGCAUUUCACGCAAUGCCAAGGAAAUUGCUCCCAUAUUGAUGCAGUACUUGAGAGAAAUAAUUUCUUCACCGAAAACUCGAUCCGAGCGCUGGCUGUCGACAUCCAUACCCCAAUCUCAGUCUCAGAAAUUAAUUGCUAAGUUGUCGUCUGCUGAAUAUCACGUCAAUUGCUUAACAGGUCCUAACGUAUUUGAGGAAUCGUCGGGUCGCAUCCAAUCAAAUGCAGUGGUCAUAAACUUCGGACUUUCAAACCCUUUGCUUUCAAAGGAUAAUAAUAUUACCUUAGUUGAUAGCGAAACGAAUUUAAUAUCUCUCCUUUCUACUUUAGGAAGAUUGUUCCAAGCUGGUCUUAAUCUUCAAUUAGCGCAAAUCUAUCCUCGCGUACAAUUCCCCGUCGCUCAAGGCACGCCGAUGUUAGCACACCUGGUGGAAUGGGAACAUAGUGAACGUUGGAACGUGGUAUUGUAUGGUUGUAACAGCAGUAUUAAAACCUCCGAGAAAACUGUGAAGGUGUCUUUACAAGACGACCACACUGAAUAUUUGUCUGGACACACUAUUGAUGGUCGUGUCAUAUAUCCUGCUACUGGUUACCUUAUCCUCGUAUGGGAUGUACUGGCACAGAUGAGCCAGCGCAUCUACGCAGAGGUAUCGGUCGUCUUCGAAGAUGUCUACUUCCAGAGAGCCACUAAUAUGCCUAAAGACGGUACUGUCGAAUUCACAGUUGUGAUACACAAAGGAAGUGGAAAGUUUGAGAUUACCGAAAACGGAACGCCUGUAGUAACAGGCCGAAUAUACGAAAAAAAUCGCGUGGGACAAGAGUUUAGAGCACUCCCACCAGAAUCUAAGGAAGACACUGCCGUUUCUGUAUCCAAACGCAUGAAUAACAAAGAUUUCUACAAGGAACUGAGUCUCAGAGGAUAUCAGUACAGUGGUUUGUUCCGUGGUGUAAUAGAAUGUGAGGUAGAUGGCCAGUAUGGUCGACUCUUAUGGGACAAUAACUGGGUAUCAUUCCUGGAUACAAUGUUACAAGUGAAAAUUGUUGCCCACGAUUCCCGUUCACUGUAUGUGCCAACCAGAAUAGAGAAAAUAUCCAUAGAUGUCGAGGUACAUAACGAGAUAACUAAUAAACUUGAACUUAGUGAAGUUCAGAAGUCUCUGGAAUUCCGUGCUUACAACGAUUUGAACAUUACAAGAGCUGGGGGUGCAGAAAUUCGGGGCGUACACGUCACUGCUAUUUCCAAAAAACCUGCUCUUGGAAUUCCUGUAUACGAAAAGAACGAAUUUGUACCUAACUGUAGCAAAGAAGUAAUUAUGUUUGCAGAUAGUCUACGCGCUAAACUGCAGUUGAUUUUGGAAAAUGUAAACACAUACAAAUUCAAGACUAUAGAACUUGUGGACGAGGAAUAUAAAAUUAAUAGUCUUGAACCAGUGAUAGAAAUGGUUAGUGACAUAUUGAGUGAUCUUCCUCUUAUACAAGCUGAACUUCUUGUUUUAAGUGAGGAAGCUUUGACACUACCGCCAAAUGUUACAGUUUCUAAUAAGAAAAUUGCAGGAGAAACCAACACAGUGUUGUUUAUUGCAGCAAAUCUUUUAAAACGAUCUAUGGUGCUCGAAGAAGGUACAUCAACGUUGAAAAAUGAUUGUUUUGUUCUGAGCCGUGAAACCAUUCGUCCUGAUAUUACAAGAUUAUCUCAUAUGUAUGACUUUGUAACCGAACAUUUUACUGGUUCAGAAUAUCUAAUUAUGCUGCGAAAGAAACAUAAUCCUAAAUCGGCAAAAUAUAUCGAAAUAUUGACAAACGACCAUACAUAUUCUUGGAUCGAUAAAGUAAAGGAAGGAAUUAACGAUGGACAUAAAAUUGUGCUUUACAAUCAAAACGAAAAAUAUAAUGGUCUACUUGGAUUAGUGAACUGCUUAAGAAAAGAACCUGGCGGUGAACUAAUUUAUGGUGUUCUUAUAGCUGAUCCUGAAGCACCAAAAUUCAAUCCAAAUCUUAAAAUUUAUAAAGAACAGCUGGAUAAAGAAUUAUCUAUUAAUGUAUUUAAAGAUGGUCAAUGGGGCACGUACCGUCAUCUCUUACUGAAGGACCUGGAUACAGUCAAGGCAACACAUGCGUAUGUCAACACCGCAACUAUCGGUGACCUCACGUCAUUGCGUUGGUGGGAAGGAUCCAUUGCCAAGGAUGCAGUUUUAAACAAUUCUACGACAAAACUUGUACAUGUUUACUAUUCGGCGAUGAACUUUCGCGAUGUGAUGACAGCGAUGGGUCGCGUGACGUUAGAUGCGGUAGCUCGAGGUCGACUAGCUCAAGAUUGUGUGCAAGGCAUUGAAGUUUCCGGGCGAACUACCAAUGGAUGUCGCGUUAUGGCUAUCUGUGAAAGAGGCAUUAGCAACAUAGUCCAGACAGAUGAGAGCCUCAUGUGGCCAAUCCCCGACGAGUGGACAUUUGAAGAAGCAGCAACUGUGCCUGUUGCUUACGGCACUGUUUACAUGGCUUUAAUAAUGAUUGGCAAAAUUCGUGGCGGCGAAUCGAUCUUGAUCCACGCUGGUUCUGGUGGUGUUGGUCAAGCUGCUAUUAGCGUAGCUCUUCACCACGGGCUAGAGGUGUUUACAACAGUGGGUACAUCUGCCAAGAGAGCCUUUGUUAAGAGACUCUUCCCACAACUUAAAAAUACUCACAUCGGUAAUUCUCGAGACAUUUCGUUUGCGCAUAUGAUCCAACGUGAGACAAAUGGAAGGGGUGUCAAUGUGGUCCUCAACUCUUUAGCAGACGACAAACUUCAGACAUCAGUCAAAUGUCUAAGUCGCCGCGGCAGAUUCCUUGAGAUUGGGAAAUAUGAUAUCACCAUUAACACGCAGCUAGAAAUGUGUUUCAGCAAGAAGGAAAUCUCCUUCCACGGUGUUAUGUUAGAUUACAUUUAUGAUGAGCAGUGUUUGAAGUUGAGAAAGAAACUAGGAGAACUUAUUUUGAGUGGUAUCGCAAGUGGUGCAGUGCGACCUCUCACCUCUUGCACGUUCGAUAAGACAAAUGUGGAGGCUGCAUACCGAUAUAUGGCUGCAGGAAAACAUAUUGGAAAGGUGAUUAUUAAAAUUCGCGAUGAAGAACCACGAACACAUGGCAACAUCGUUAAACCUACUCAUAAUGUUAUCGAUGCUAUUCCAAGGUAUAUGUGUGUCGACGAUGAAGUGUACAUUCUAGUUGGAGGUAUGGGAGGAUUUGGUCUUGAGCUUGCCGAUUGGCUGGUGCUGAGAGGUGCGCGAAAACUACUAAUGUGCUCACGAAGAGGAAUUUCGAAUGGUUAUCAAGCAUUUAGGAUAAGGAUAUGGCAAUCAUAUGGCACUGACGUCCAGAUUUCAACCCAUGACGUUACAACUGAGUCUGGUUGUAAUGAAAUGCUUAAAAUGGCUGCUACAAUGGGACCUGUGAGAGCCAUUUUCAAUUUGGCGGUCGUUUUGAACGACGCGGUGUUCUCAAAUCAAACAUCUGACACGUUUAAGAACUCAUAUGGACCAAAAGCUUCAACUACAAUUCAUCUCGAUAAGCUUUCUAGAAAACUGUGUCCGGAUGUAAAAAACUUUGUGGUGUUUUCUUCAGUAUCUUGUGGUCGUGGUAAUGCUGGUCAAACCAAUUAUGGUUACUCAAAUUCUGUGAUGGAAAGAAUUUGUGAAGAACGAAAAAGUCAAGGUUUUCCAGCUUUAGCAAUACAAUGGGGAGCUAUUGGUGAUGUGGGUUUAGUAGCGGAUAUGCAAAAUGAUAAUAUUCAACUUGAAAUCGGUGGUACACUACAGCAAAGAAUUUCAUCAUGUAUGCAAGCCAUGGAUAAGUUCUUGAAACAGGACGCUGUAAUCGUAUCAUCUAUUGUAGUUGCUGAGAAGCGACUUGCUGGUGCUGGCAGUGGAAGUAUUAAUGAUGCUGUUGCUCAAAUUAUGGGUAUUGCUGAUUUGAAGACGGUGUCACAUCAAGUGCCACUUUCUGAGCUUGGAAUGGACAGCAUAAUGGCUGUGGAAAUAAAACAAACACUCGAAAGGGAGUUUGAAGUUUUCCUUUCGGCACAAGAAAUCAGGACAAUAACGUUUUCAAGGUUGAUUGAAUUAGACCAGCGUGAUGGCGAAGAAAAUACAGCUGUAGUUGCUGCUAAACAAACAGCAACCACACCUAAUGGACUAGUGGCAGUACUUAUUAAGAACUUUGGAGAUGAGAAAUUGUCUGUUAAACCUUUUAUUGAUAUGCCUACACUAGCCAGUAAGAUUGGAAACCAGAAAUCUGAUAAAACUAUUUUCAUGCUACCCGGCCUAGAAGGUUGUGCAACAGCAUUGGAGAAUUUGUGCAAAAAGUUAGAAAUAAAUGCAUGCGUAAUGCAGCUUGGUUUAAAAGACGUCAAUGAAGAUAUGGAUCAUAUGGUGCAAAAGUUAUACAAGAUUGUGAAGUCGCGCUUGUCACCAGGAGAACCUUUCUACUUGCUGGGAUACAGUUUUGGAACCUUGCCAAUAUUAAAAUUGACCCAUAAAUUAGAGAGUGAAGGUCACAAAGGAGUGGUAUUUUGUUUAGACGGAUCACCAGACUUCAUGAGAACUAUGAUAAUCAGUAUUUUCGGUGUUGUUGAUGACGUCACUAUGCAAAACAGUUUACUCAUAUACAACAUCAGCAAGAUCGCUCCAAAUACGAAUAUGACUGAAGUAAUGGCUAAACUUCAGGGAAUUCAAUCUUAUGAAGAAAAAAUCAAAUGUUCUUUGGCUAUUUGUUCAGACAAAUUAAGCUACUCUACCAAAUUUAUAAUUGACGUAUGUAAAGCUACGUUUAACCGAAUCAAAUGUAGUUUAAACUAUGAUAAGGAAAACCUGAUAUUAAAAUCUCCCAUAAUUCUUCUACGGGCGAAAAAUAAUAUAGGUGACAUUCAAUUUGACGAAAACUAUGGCGUUGAUAAAUUUACAAAUAACAAAGUAAUUACACAUUUCUUAGAUGCUGAUCAUAUAAGUAUAGUUGAACAUGAUGAUAGUGCUAAAAUCAUAAACGCAACUAUUGGUAAUUAUGAAAAAUGUAUAAAGAAACUAGAUGGUGUUACAGGAACUAUUGGAAAAAUACGAACUAUUGCUCUUUAAAAAAUAUAACAGUUUUUGAAAAAAUAAAAAUAAAGUAAUUAUAAAGUAAAUAAA